CGGAAGUCGCUAAUUUGAACAAUACAUUAGAAUAACAUAACCAUGAUCUUACUCUAGAGUUAAUAUAGAAUAUAGAAUCUAGAGUCUAGAGUAGAUCUAAUCGAGUUCUAUUGAUUUAUUAGAUCUAAACACAGGGAUUUCAGUGCCAAUAUAUUUAGACAGCUAUGGGCUCAGCUGGUGACUGGUGUUUGAUAGAAAGUGAUCCUGGGGUAUUUACAGAAUUGAUUAAAGGAUUUGGUUGUCGAGGAGUUCAAGUGGAAGAGAUUUGGAGCUUAGAUCCAGAAAGUUUUGAAUCGUUAAAACCAGUUCAUGGCCUAAUUUUCCUGUUCAAGUGGUCACCUAAUCAAGAGCCUGAUGAUUCUAUUGUGCAAGAUAGUAGGCUGCAAAAAAUCUUUUUUGCUUCUCAGGUGAUCAACAACGCAUGUGCAACUCAGGCCAUUCUCAGCAUACUUCUCAACUGUACCCAUGAGGACAUAGAGUUAGGGGAUACACUCUCCAACUUUAAAGAUUUCGCACAAGAUUUGGACCCAGGGCUACGAGGUCUCAGCUUAAGUAAUUCCGACACUAUCAGAGAAGUUCACAACAGUUUUGCCAGACAGCAAAUGUUUGAGUUUGAUGAAAAGGUUAGCAAAAAAGAUGAUGAUGUGUUUCACUUUGUCAGUUAUCUCCCCAUAGAUGGCAGACUAUAUGAACUGGAUGGAUUAAAGAGUGGACCAGUAGAUUUAGGUGCUCUUCCUGCUGACAAGGACUGGUUGGAUAUGGUCAGGCCUAUUAUUGAGAAACGAAUGCAUAAAUACAGUGCUGAUGAAAUACACUUUAAUUUAAUGGCUGUUGUGUCUGACAGAAAACGAGCUUACGCCAAACGUUUACAGGAGCUGAGUUCCCUAGUAGCGACCAGUGGUCUGGAUACAGGGGAAGUGCAGUGUGAAAUGGCCAAAUUGGGUUACCUGAUUGGAGAGGAAGAUAGGAAAGAGCAAAGGUAUAGGAUAGAAAACAUCAGACGGCGGCACAAUUACCUUCCCUUUAUAAUGGAAUUAUUGAAAAUAUUAGCUGAAGGGAGACAACUUUUGCCCCUCAUUGAAAAAGCCAAACAAGCUUCUAUAAAGAAAAAGAAAGAAAAAGAAACUAAAGCCAUGGAAACAAUAUAAAUACCAUGUAGGAUUGUAUUGUCAGUUCAAAGUUCUAACAAGUUUAUAAAAGACAUCUAUCUUAGUGAACAAGGGAAAUAAUGGUAUUGAACAACUUCUAGAGACAUCCUUGGACAUGGACAUCCUGCAAGGCAGUCUUCAACAUUUUGAAAAGCUUUUGAAAUUAUUUAAGAGUUGAAAUUUAAAAAAAAAAAGACAGCCUGCCAAUAUUUGACUUGUCCAUUUUGUGAAUAUGAUUAGUUCUUGUAUUUCAAAGAACUAAGAUGUUAUAAGAAUUUUCUUGCUCAUGUUGCUGUAUUGAAAGUCAUACUUUGUUUUAUAUAUUAAAAGAUUGCCAUUCAAAAAUG